AAAUGCGCCGAGCGGAUCUGAGCCGCACGCAAUACUUUAAACCUUAUUGAUACGUCAAUAAUCGGUUUUCGCUUCAAAACAAAUAGUUUCCUUACAACUGCCUUCUCAUUUUUAUUUCAGGAAUGAGUGACAGUCUAAAGAGGCACUUGGCGAAAAUAGCUUUCCGUUUAGCCGACGCCAACACAAUGUCUCCAAAUUAAAACUGACUUAAAAAAUAGGGUGCGGAAAAGCGCACGUUGUUGUUAAGUAAGGCGUGGUGAUUUACGCAAGACUUUCAUAAAGAUACAAUUGUAAUAUUUGCACCUUGUUUGAGAUAAUAGCAAAUAAACGCCAAUGACAUCGAACGGCCAGCUGGAAAUUCUCCAUAAAUACGAACAUCCUAAUGUGCACUUCACAGCUAAUGUGACAUAGGGUGACCGCGAGACGAAUUGAGUGCCCUUUUUACUCGAAAAUAACGCUUGACGCCACAGUGACGCGCGUCCGCGCUACCUCAAUACGACACAAGCACCGAGCGACAUGGGAUGCAGUAAGAUGGACACGACCAUAGUAAGUAUGGUGCUUCUUCUCAUCGUGAGCCAGCUAGCUGUAAUGGUCAGCGGUACGUGUAACGCGGAGAGAACAAACUGCUGGAAGACCUCAGAGGCCGGGCACUCACAGGUUGACUAUCAUCUAUGCGGAGACCAGAUCUCUGACGCUUGGACAAUUAUUUGCUAUGGGGGCGGGGUGACGGCACGACAGCGGCAAAUAAACAGAAGAGAUCUAUCAAUAGUACAGAGCGCUGAUGAGGCACGUCAGUUCAACUCGAAAACCCAGCGAGGAAAGCGGUCAUCAAUUUACACGAUCACGGAGGAAUGCUGUGUAGAAGGAUGCAAACAAGAAGAAAUAAGGGAAUACUGCUGAAAUAAUGCCACAAAGAGAUAUUUAUUUUGUGUUAAAGCUUCUUUACAUCGUAAACUAUUCCAAUAUGUCUGUAUAGAACAUCUGCCUAAACACGGCUCAAAAAUUCUAGCAUUGGGAUAACUCCACAAAAAAAAUAGAAACACAGUUUGACCUGUGCAUUAAUCCUCUGGGUUUUGGAGGCUAAUAAAUUUAUGAUAUUUUGUC